AUGACGCUUCCACAAUUAUUUGCGCACAUUGAUGGAAUCGAAGCAGUACUUAUUCUCGAUAAAGAUGGCACACCUAUAUUAAAACUACCAACAGCGGAAGCGGUGGAUCAGCUCGAUUUACAGACCAUUAUACCACCGGCGCAAACCUUGCAAGAUCAAAGCCAACGUAUGAAUUUGAAAAAAUUGAAGACAGUUGUGACGUACUGGUCAGCUCGUCAAAUAAUAACGUACAAUGUUCCCCCAUUAGUUUUUAUCAUCGCUGCGGAUACCAAUGUUAACACAGGCGCACUAUUGAAUUUAUACAAUGAUUUUCAAGCCAUUGCUUCCGAAGAAUUAGCAAACAAAGCAUAA